GAUGAUCUGCAUUUGGUUUAUUUGAAACGUUUUUACACGGACCUAGUAUAAAAAGGACGAAUUGUUGAAUUUGAAAUCAGUUACUAUCUAAAAUAGAUCAUUUUAUUUGUUUUCGUCGUGUAAUUAUUAGCCGUCUUAGAAAAAUAGUAAAUUGACUCGAUCAACCGGCGCAAUUUCCGUGGCCUUGAACUUCACCGGUGACCUUCAAAGUUCAACAACGUUGAUUUGACACUUCCUUCAAUCCUUGGGCUUUGCUGAUUCGGUUCGCAAAGAGAAUGUCCUAUUUUCUGUAAAUAGAAUUAGAGCAAGUAAUCAAAAUGCCGAUGCAUCAAGUACGAGUCCUGACUAUAAAUGCAGGAGAAAGUACUGAAACGACUUUAUAUCGUCUAGAGAAAGGAUGGACGUUAAGAUUUGUGCUUGGAGCAUCUCUUCAUGCGAAAACAGUUCGACUCUUCUGCAAUCAUCCCCAGGACAAGUCUGUUCCAUUUGACAGAUUGUCAUUCUAUGAAUUAGCGUGGAGAAAUCCAAGUGGUAUGAAAAAUGAUAGAGUCGAUGUGUUUGCUGAAAUACCCAUAAAUUGUGCUGGAUCGUUUAAUUUUUUCUUCACGAUUGAUGGAAGUGAAGAUCACCGCAACCCAAAUGGUGCAGGAUGUUUUUUGGUUGAACCAACCCUCUCUGUCGGAUCUAACGAUAAAGAAAUCACAUUAGACUGUAUCCAGAGCCAGUCGGUCGUAACAAAACUACUUGGCCCUCUUAACGAAUGGAAGGGACGAUUACGUGUUGCCAUGGAAACAGGAUACAACCUGAUCCAUUUUACUCCUGUACAAGAAUUGGGUAUAUCCAACUCUGCUUACUCCAUCCGUAAUCAGCUUCGACUGAAUCCCCUCUACUACGAGAAAGGCAAACAGAACAGUCUGGACGAUGUGGAAGAUAUCGUAAGAAUGAUGAAAAAGGAGUGGCAGGUUUUGUCCCUGACUGAUCUAGUCUACAAUCACACAGCCAAGGACAGUCCCUGGAUACUUGAACAUCCAGAAAGUGUAUUUAAUUUAGAUAAUUCCCCUCACCUGAAACCAGCUUACCUGAUGGAUCGUAUAUUCCACCAUUUUAGUUUACAAGUAGCAGACGGGAAAUGGGAGGCGAAAGGAGUGCCACCAAAAAUAGACAAAGAAAGCCAUUUACAGCUAAUGGAGGGUAUACUGUUAACAGAUGUCUUUCCACAGUUUAAUCUGUAUGAGUUUUACACUGUAUCAGAAGAAACUAUAUUAAAAGAAUUCCGAAGAGCUAUUGAGGAUAAUCGUCUGGUACAACAGGGCGAGAAGGAGUUAAUUAUAAAACAAGAUAAAAAUUAUAGACGAUUAAAGAGUACCGUUGACAUGGAAACGGUUUUACGUCUGUAUAAUACUGACAGUGAUGAUGAUAACAGACCUGGGGCAUUGAAUCGACAGGAACGAAUCACUCGAUGUUGUGUUAGUUUGAGAGAGAAACUAGAAGAGUUGAACAAUGAGAAAAAACGAGAAUUAGACGUACAUAUAGGUGUGGCUGUAGACAAUUUCCUGGCGAAUGUACGCUGGAGAUUCCUGGCACCAGAUGGACCGAAGAUUGGUACUGUGACAGACGAAGAACCGUUGAUGUUUGGGUAUUUUGUGAUCCCAUCCAUUGUGAAGGAUCAUAUAUGA